GGUUUUGGUCAUAAUAGACUGGUGAUUAGGGCUGCUCUGAAUCACUGAACUGGGUUUUUUAAAGGUGGGUAAAGUAGACCACAACCUCAAAACUAUGUGAAAAUUAAUCCGGCCAAGCCCUUUCUGAGCCCAACUAUGAACUGAUUUGACUAUGUAGUAGGUUGUAAGUAGAUCCUAAUUCCCAACCUGGAUAGGUUUUUAACUCGGGAACAAAAAGGCUUUACUGUCUUACUCUUGUUUCUUGUAUUUGUGUAUUUGUCUUGGAGUUUUAACUGCAUAUGAGUAUAGAGACAAAAUAAUAGAUCUAAGAGUAGAUACAUCUGAAGGAGGGACAAAGGCAUGGGGACAUGUUCUGCCAAUUCAUAAAGGGAAAGGAGUGGACAUGUUGUUGUCUUAUGUAAUCAAGUUCUUCACAUGGGGUCUUUGAGUGUCAUUAUAGCAUUCAUUUCCUUGCACCUUUUCUUUUCUUUUGGCCUAUUGCAUUUUUCAUUACAAAAAAUAAAAUAAACAUCGUAUGAUUGAUUACAUAACCUUUUUUGGGUUUACACAUUUAAAAAGUUGGUUUCGGUAAAAGACUAAACCAUAAUGAUCUACAUCAACCCUGAUUUGCUAUACAUAGGAAGUUUAUGUUAGGCUCAUUUAUUGGUAAUAUAUAGUAAUUAUUUAGAGCAAAGCUAACAAAAUCGAUGCCCCCAAAAUCUCUCUCUCACGAAAAUAGAUGUGAUGUGAGGCUUCCCUAAAAUCUUGGAAUAUUAUUUCACACCAAUCAACUCCAUUCAAUAGCAUGACAACAAAUCUUUUCAAGAGUCAAAAACUUUUGCAGUUAAAUUUGAUUGUCAAUCAAUUAUUUUUCAAAAGAAGUCUCUCUCUCUUUCUCUCUCUUUCUUCUUCUCCUCCUUGAUUUGGAUCUCUAAAUCUUCAAUCCCCCAUGUUCAGAUUUACAAUUCACACUCUUUAAUCCUGCACACCCACCAAUCUUAUUAUUAAAUAAAAGAUUAUAUUCGUGUUUAAGCUUCUUUAAUUAAACCCUUCCAAGAAACCUGAAGACUCCAAGGAGCUUGUCAUAAAAACUAAAGAGACAAGAAGAAGAAGAAGAAGAAGAAAGGUGUUCAAAGAUGUCUCGUCUUGACGACAUACCAUCAAGCCCAGGCAAGUUCAAGAUUGACAAAUCUUCCUACUUCAACCGUCUCAGGUUUCAAUCAUCUCCCAUCAAGUUCGCAUUCAUCUCCUUCUUCCUCCUCUGUCUCAUCUCCCUACUCUUCCUCCGAUCUCCACCGUCCGUUAACUCCUCCCAAUCCGACCCAUCUCGCCGCUCCCUCCGAACCUUCACCUACGGAGGACCCGCUUGGGAGAAACGCAUCCGAGCCUCUGCUCGAACCCGAACCUCAAGCAACGGAAUGACCGUCUUAGUCACCGGAGCAGCCGGUUUCGUCGGUACACACGUCUCCUCGGCCUUAAAACGCCGCGGAGACGGCGUCAUCGGCCUUGACAACUUCAACGACUACUACGACCCUUCUCUGAAACGUGCGAGGCAAGCUUUACUAGAGAGAAGCGGCGUCUUCAUCGUGGAAGGAGACAUAAACGACGUCGAACUGCUCCGUAAGCUCUUCAAGAUCGUCUCCUUCACCCACGUUAUGCAUCUAGCCGCUCAAGCCGGAGUUAGAUACGCAAUGGAGAACCCUGGCUCCUACGUUCACAGCAACAUCGCUGGACUAGUCAACCUCCUUGAGGUCUGCAAAGCGGCUAACCCGCAGCCAGCUAUCGUCUGGGCUUCCUCUAGCUCCGUCUAUGGACUCAACACGAAAGUACCCUUCUCCGAGAAAGACAGAACAGACCAACCGGCGAGUCUCUACGCCGCCACGAAGAAAGCUGGUGAAGAGAUAGCUCAUACUUACAACCACAUCUACGGGCUGUCUCUUACAGGACUAAGGUUCUUCACCGUGUACGGACCAUGGGGAAGACCAGACAUGGCGUACUUCUUCUUCACUAAAGACAUUCUCAAAGGUAAGUCCAUAUCCAUCUUCGAGUCGGCGAACCACGGAACGGUGGCUAGAGACUUCACUUACAUAGACGACAUCGUGAAAGGAUGCUUAGGGGCUCUUGAUACGGCGGAGAAGAGUACAGGAACCGGAGGGAAGAAGAGAGGUCCGGCGCAGCUGAGAGUGUUUAACCUCGGGAACACGUCGCCGGUGCCGGUUUCUGAUCUGGUGAGUAUACUGGAGAGGCAGCUGAAAGUGAAGGCCAAGAAGAAUGUGAUCAAGAUGCCACGAAACGGUGACGUUCCGUUCACUCAUGCUAAUAUCAGCUUAGCUCAACGUGAGCUUGGGUAUAAACCGACCACGGAUUUGCAGACGGGGUUGAAGAAGUUCGUGAGGUGGUACCUGAGUUAUUACUCCGGUGGUAAGAAAGCCGCCGCGAGAUGAUUUUUCGUGUUUUGUUUUGAGUAAUUAUAUUUAAUUUAUUUAUGUUACUUGCCUGGUACGUAACUGUUGUAUUAAAAUUUGAUUCAUCUUCAAAUAAAACAAUGUUACUACUUCA